GGCCCAUUUGACUGGUUUUUAGUGGAAGGGUUCUCUCAGCCAUCAUGAAAAAUGGCAACCCUUCCUGUUGCAUCACAUAUGUCACUUGAGGUCGAGCUAGGCACUAGCGGAGAUGCCCACUGAGCACUGUGCUGCGCACGUGGAAAAGUUGGAAGGCGCGCGCCCAUAUGAGGGCCGUGCCUGGACGUGCAGCCUCACUGUACGCCUGCGCGCGGCAAUAUCAAAUUCUCAAGAAGCUAAACCGCAUCCAGUCGUAUUCGAUGUUCCUCCCCAUAGAAAGUCGCAGUCCAAGAUCGCAACACAACACCCAAAGCUGUGCAGUCGUGCAAUUAGCUAUCGCCAAGCUUAAGAAGCCACCUGUUUGGGCGCGUCACAGGUCAUAGACCCAAUCCAGCCAUCCCUCAUGGACACGACUGAGCCUGGCGCGGCACCAGAAACAGGCCCACAGGUAGAGACCCCGGCUGCAGAAAGCAAGACGCCAUCGCCGUCGCGUAAAAGGCCGCGCGACUUCGCCGCAGAUCUCAAAGGCUUGACGCCGUCCGGCGACGAGGGAGAUGGAGGCCAUAUUGACUCUUCGCCGCGAACUAAGAAGCAGCGCGUAGGGCAAGGGGACAGCGACGAUGAGGCGCAAAGUGUUGACGAUGGCGAGGUGUCAGAGUCUAAUGACGACGACGAUGGUGAGAUAUCAGAGUCUGAUGACGAUGACGAUGGUGCCUCUUCCAGACACUCGGAAGCGUCCAGGAGCUCGCGCCCGCGCAAGAUGUCUCCCAGGAACGCUGAAAAGCCUUCAGGGACACCCGCGCCCGUCACUACGAAUGGCUACAACCCUGGUAUCAGCCUAGGAGUGCGGACAUCUUUUGCCGGCAGAACGGCAGCAAACACAGCACCUGCCAAGAGCACGCCGCUCUUCGCAAGCGCUCGCUCGCGCUCUGCUUCACCAGAAGCCUCUGAACAGUCUGAGGAGGGCGAAGCAGAAGAGGGUGAAGAAGCCGACGAUGGCGAUCAGGAGGGACCAAGCGCUGGAGCAUCAGAGGGGACGAUCUCAACACCAGCCUCUAAUCAGGCCAAGUCGCCCGCUGGUGCCGCAUCGGCUGCGGCGCCGGCGACGUUCAAGUCGGGGGCAAUCACCUGGACAGUCCCCGCUACCGCGCCAUUCUCCAUACCGAAGAACUCGGCUCUGCGGAAGCCAGCUGGCUGGCGUUCGGUCCUGGAUAUCUGGAUUACUGCAUUCCUGAAGGAGAAUAUGGAGUAUGCGGAAGGUGUGAACAAGCAAGUUCUUGUCCUCGGUCUCAACUCUUAUAUCAACACAAAUGUUGGCAAGCAGAAGGGAGCCAAGAACUCCGUCACCAAGGCGAGGUCAGCCGUGACCAAGAUGUGGGCAGGCAUCGACCAAAAGGCCCUAGACAAGCUCGUUGCAGAGUGCAAGCAGGAUGCGCAGCGUGAGCUCGACGAGGAGGGCAGCUCGUCAAGCGAGUCUGGAGGCGACAGUGACAACGAGGCGGACCAAGAAGACGGCGAGGUGUUUGACCUUGACACGGACGAGGAGCUUACGCAGCAACAGCUCUACUAUCCUGGCGCAGCAGACCCGUCUCAGUACUGUCUGUCCUGUUCGGGGAUUGGCCAUAAAGCGAAGGAGUGCCCGCAGCGAUCAUGCCGCUUCUGCUCCAGCUUCAAGCACACGAGCUACGGCUGCCCAACCAAGCGGAGAUGUAGUCGGUGCUACGCGCUUGGUCACAGCUCGAAAUCGUGUACGGAGAAGCUGGCACUCACAGCAGAGGAGCGGGAUCCAUGUGCAUUCUGCGGUGCGCCACACCUCGAGGCCGAGUGCUCCGAGAUAUGGCGUAGCUAUAACCCGGGGGCUGUCACGCGCAGGACAGUAAAGACCAUUCCGACCUUCUGCUUCACCUGCGGCCGCCAGGGCCACUACGGGCCCGAAUGCGGGCUGCCAGGUCGCGGUCCAAAGAUUGCAGGGCCGACGACAUGGUCGCAGGCCAACCGGGACUUGUACAUCGACCCGGCCAGCGAUGCCGUCGCCAUCGGGUGGGCAAAUGUCGACUCCGCCUCGGCAAGCGCAGUGCCGUCAGCUUUCCAUAUCCGCGGCCACGCCGGGCCACGCCGGACACACACGCACUUUGUCUCUAGUGACGACUCAGACGACGGCUUCAUUCAGGAACCGAUCCGGAACACCAACAACGCGAGGUCCCAGCAGCGAACCCAGGGCCGGUCUGGCGCCGGAAGCAUUCGCAUAUCGAGCAACAUUGCCUCGGGCGGCCCGCCGCGCAACGCAGCCCAGUCCCAGCGCCGGCGGGACGAGCGCGAGUUCAGCCCGCCACCCCCUUUACCCCCCGGAGGAGGAGGAGGAGGAGGAGGGUUCUCUGCGCUGAGCAGUCGGAACGGCGGAAACAACCGUGCUGCUGGUGCUGAUGCUGGUGCUGGUGCUGGUGCUGGUGGGAAUAAUGGCGGGAACUGGCAGCCUCCAUUGCCGUCUGGGCCUCCUCCACCUAUGCCCUCAGGAUACGCCAGCCUGCCGCCACGGCCGAAUGCGCGUAGUAGCCAUCGCGGUGGUGGUAAUGGCGGUGGUGGAGGAGGAGGCAGUAGGGCACAUGGCGGCGGCGCACCGCCAUCCAGACCACGCGGGGGAGGCGGACAGAGGAGCCAGAACCGUGGGCGAGGUGGCGGCGGCGGUGGUGGUGGUGGUCGCGGAAGGGGUGGACGACGUUGAAGAGCAAUACCCAACGGCCUAUGGCCGACAUGACUGCCAAGUAAGUAGGAUGCGCAGCAGCAGGUCACUGAUAUGUACCCAGCUCUUCGAUAUGAA